AUGAGCACUCCUGAUACUCAGGUGCUCUCCAUGGGACACGAAAGUACCCAUUCAAUAAUUGCUGGCCUGGUUCUCAUGGGGGUAGCAACUCUUCUGGUCGCUGUUCGCUUCUAUACUCGACGCCAUAUUAUUAAGGCCGUGCAGUGGAGCGAUUGGACUGUGCUGGUUGCUUUGAUGCUUUCCAUGGCUUUCGUUGGGAUUUUCAUUACUGCUGUCUUAUAUGGCAUGGGAUUGCAGGAAGCAGAGAUAACCACGACUGAUUUCAACAGACAAAAGAAACUCUUUUGGGUCAGCGUCCCGUUCUAUAAUGCCGCCAUGGUAACCGCCAAGGCAUCCAUUAUCAUCCAAUAUUUCCAUGUUUUCCCAACGAAACAGAUGCGCAUUGUCUGCUGGAUGGUGAGUACCAUUCUCACCAUCUAUGGGGUAUGGUCCGUUCUGAGCGCGUUCUUGAACUGUAUCCCUGUCGCGAGCUUUUGGGACUCGAGUACUGAGGGUCACUGUCUCGACUACAAGGGGCUUUGGUACUCUAAUACGGCGCUGAAUAUCGUUACGGAUGUGGUAAUUUUGAUUAUCCCCGUUCCUGCGCUUGCGGCAUUGGAUUUAUCAUUGAGGCAGAAGGUUGGCCUGUGCUGUGUUUUUGCAGUGGGUGGUUUUGUCUGCAUUACCAGCGUCUUCCGUCUCCUUAGUGUAAUCGCACUCGUCAGCUCAAAUGGCCGUUCCUAUGAUUGCCUCGCCGUAAUGAUGUGGUCUGCCAUCGAAUGCAAUACCGGAAUCAUAUGCGCAUGUCUACCAACACUCCGUCCAGCCAUCGUUCGUCUUUGGCCUGCGCUAUCCGGACUCUUAGUCUCACGCCGUCAACGCAGUAGUUCCGAUAGCAUAACAUCUUUCUACGGCGGUAGCGAGAACAGUGCUGCCCUCUUUGGUCGCGACGUACACAUCACUACUAGGGGCGUUGAAUCUAAUCGGGGAUCUGUCGUCAAGGCCAAAUCAGGGACAGAUAGUGACCGUGGAAGUGGAAUGCAGCAGGCUCCGAAUGUUAGGAUGGUGCCGAUGCCGGGGAAUGGGUUUGCACAGGAUCUGGCGCGGAAGGGCUCCUUUUUCGAGCAGCAGCAACAGCGUCCUAGCAGUUAUGUAUGA